AUGGACUGCCGCGGUGGGGCCGGGGCAUCCGGGUACGGAGAAGAGGGCGAGGACGAAGACGAGGAGGAGGAGGAGGAGGAGGAGCGAGAAGGUGACACUGCGAGCUCGCAGAGGGCCAAACUGCCCCCCAUAGCAGGCAACGCCUUAGAACUGAGCAAACAGAAGGUGAAGAAGAAAAGGAAGAAGAAGAAGACGAAAGGGUCGGGCAAGGGGGACGCAGAUAAACAUCAGAGUCGAGGCCUGAAGAAUCGGCAGCUGUCCUCAUCCUUCCACGACAUCUUAAGUCCCCGCAAAGACCCCGGCCCGAGGCCAGAGCGCAAGCAGGACAAAGCUGAAAGCAAGCCCACGCCCCCUUACUCCUCCACUCGAAGUCUCCGCUCUGUCGCUGAAAUAGAAGAGCACCUCGCCAAGCAGGUCAACGAAAGCCUGCGUUGGGAUGGAAUUCUCGCCGACCCGGAGGCAGAGAAGGAAAGGAUUCGCAUAUAUAAAUUGAACCGGAGGAAGCGGUACCGGCUCUUGGCCCUGAAGGGCCUCCACCCUGACCCGUGCGCCGAGGAGGACCCGGAGAGCCGACCCUGCCUCCCGGAGACAGACAGUGGCCCCGACGGCAGGAGGGCCCACCACCCCGAUCCCUUCUUCCGAGGCACCGUCACACAUUCUGACCUGGUUCUGCCAGAGUGA